ACCAAAUAUAUUGGGAGACGGGGCCAAAGGAGUAAAUUCUUCAUUAAUAAUCUAAUAUUCAGGUGCCACUGCAAUCUCAACUGUCUUGUUACCUGCAUAUACGUAAAGUGCGAUCAGUGGUGAAAAUAGAAAUAAAAUAAAUAUAAACAUUGUUACUCAAUACAACAAUUUGAAUGCGAUGUAUUUAAACAGUGUAAUCGAGUGAAGUGUUAGAAAUAGUGUGGAACUUUAUCAUCUAAACAUGCGUGUGCGAUGGUGGCGGGGUGUGUUAUUGUGCGCGUGCGCAUUGGUUCUGCGAAGUGACGCGUUACCACCGGCCACCCUUGGAGAUGUGGUCGCCAAUGCUGCUACCAGCCUGAAUUCUAUGAAAGUCACAGGAGCAUGGCGCAGGCUUUCGAGCACCGUAAGCGAAUCUGUAGGAUUGAAGCAUGCACUAAGACGGUUGCAGGCUGUACCAGCUCGCGCAGCCCGCCUCGUGCACGCGCUAGUGGACCGCAUGCGAGUUGGUGGCGGGCCUAUAGUGUCCACGCAGCUUGGAACAUUAAGAGGAAGAAAACUUGUCGCUAGAACUACGGCGCAAACUUCUUACUACAGUUUUAAAGGAGUCAGGUACGCGCAACCACCACGCGGUUCCCUUCGAUUCCGGCCACCUGUUCCUCUGGAGCCGUGGUCAGGUGUCCGAGACGCAUUAGAGGAAGGCGCUGUGUGCCCCCACAGGUUCAUGCUCUUCGACACCUACAAAGGCGACGAAGAUUGUCUAUUCCUUAAUGUAUACACACCAGCCUUACCUGAUAAGCUAACAGGAUACAAUCCAAAGUUGGCUGUUAUGGUAUGGAUACAUGGAGGUGCUUUUGCUGUGGGCUCUGGCAAUGCAUUCCUGUACGGGCCCGAUCACCUUGUGGGGGCUGGUGUGGUGCUCGUUACACUCAACUACAGGCUGGGAGCACUCGGGUUCUUAAGUCUUGAAACCGAGGAGGUACCUGGCAAUAUGGGUCUUAAGGAUCAAGUGAUGGCUAUGAAAUGGGUGCGAGAUAACAUUGAAAAUUUCGGUGGUGACCCGAAUCGAGUUACCAUUUUCGGAGAGUCCGCCGGAGCGGCAUCAGUACAUCUACAUAUGCUUUCUAAUUCGUCACAGGGUCUCUUCCAUGGCGCCAUUGCACAAAGUGGUUUGGCAUUGUCUCCUUGGGCAUUGGCGAAGGACCCUCAAGCUCGCGCAUUCGAACUUGGACGAGAGUUGGGCAUAGACACAAACAACACAGCUGAAUUGCUUGGUUACCUCCGAGCGACGCCAAGUGAACUUAUAAUAAAAGCUGGAGCUCGACUUACCGGUGCCAUAGGGAAAAAUGCGGACUUGCAGAGUACGGUGGCGUUACCUUUCCUUCCCGUGGUGGAACCUGACGUGCCUGAUGCAUUUCUUACAACAUAUCCGAAACAAAGCCUCCCAGGAGUUGAUGUUCCGCUGCUCACAGGCUACAAUGCACAAGAAGGAAUCAUAUUGUUUAGACGGCUGCAACGAGAUCCGAAGCUGUUAAGUGAGUUGGACCGCGAAUUUGAGCGCGUGGUUCCACCAGAGCUCAGUUCCCAUGAUGAGAAGACUGUCAAGAAGAUAGCUGACGUUAUCAGGGCUACUUACUUCCAGCAGCGGCCUGUUGAUAUGCGUAAUAUAAACAGCCUUAUUGAUCUUUUCACAGACAUAAUGUUCCUUCGUCCUAUAUUAGAAACUAUACGACUACAGGCUGAAACAAAUAGAACUAGUCCCACGUAUGUAUAUCGAUUUGAUUUCGACGGAGCGCUUGGACUCUUCAAACGAAUGUUAGGCAUAACUCACCCUGGUGCCUGUCAUGGAGACGAAAUGGGAUAUCUGUUUUACUUCUCAAGGUUGAACUACCGACUCGAUGAAGAUUCUCCAGAGUUGGCUGUUUCCAAGCGAAUGGUUCAGCUGUGGACUAAUUUUGCUAAGACCGGGAACCCUACACCGCCGGUAGACUACGAAUCUGUGGUGGACUUCAAAUGGCUUCCUGUGAAUGAUACAUCCCACGUUAAUUACCUCAAUAUUAAUAGAAAUUUCACUUUAGAGAAAGACCCAGAAUCUACAAGAGUACGUUUUUGGAACUGGCUCUAUGAAAAUUACGCAAAGCCGUGAAAAUAACAGAUCACUGGAAUUGGUUAAUGACUUAUGAAUGUCGGUGAUGAACAAGUAUAGUGUAUUUAGUGGAAAAUAAGUGAACACGUUUGUGCUAUAUCUAAUUGUGUGAAAAGUAUAAACUGGAUCUCAGUUCAUAGCCGCAUUAUAAAGUUCCAAGUGUGUACCCAUUAGUACCUAGAUAAUAAUGUUUAAUUCGCAAAGAUACCAGAACUAUGGUACAAAAUUAUAUAGUUUAUGUGAAUGUCAGACUAUGGACUGACUUUUACUGAUCCCAUUUUUAUUAGCAUUAUACUUAUUUAAAAACUGCUAAUAGUAGCUAAGGGCCAAACCGAUUAUUUUCAUGCACCGUCCCGUAUACAGCCCGCACACUUAUGUAACAUAGUGCGAAUGACAGUCAACAUUUUACUGUAAAUAAACUGUAAUAGGUUUGUACUAAGUGUUUAAAGAGAAUUUUGAAGAUAAUAUCUAUAAAGUCAAUUGUCUCAAUUGACAUUUAUCCCAAAAAUAUUUUUAUUCAUGUUUUAUGUAGUGUACGUACGUUUUAGUAAUAUUUACACUACCAGUAUAAUGCUCAGAAUAUACGACGACCCUAUCUGUAUAUCUAUUAGUAAUGUAUCAACUCACUAUAAUAGAUAAGAGCUAAGCCAAAUACAUGCAAUACGAAAAGUAAUUUAAAGUAAGUACUUUCCUAUAGAUUAUUCAACGAAUAUAAAAAAAGGAUUUUAUUUCAACUUUAUUAUAUUUCGUAUUUAAUCAUUCUUUUUUAAAUGAAAAUUGUCUUCGUUAAUAACGAAACGAACGAAAUAAGUUUUUUUGUAAGAAAAGUAACCUAUCAAAACAUAAGUAAAAUAUUUUUACCUACGUAUCAAAAAGUAAAAUACUAAAUGUGUAUGCAUCUGCUUAUCUACUACAUAAGAAGUAUUAGCUAUACUAUUGUACUAUUAUGCUAUAGGUAUAAGAUUAUAAAACUACUUUUCUUGUAAAACUCAAACUCGGAUUCGCAAAUUUUGAAUUUGCGAAGAUAAGAAAUUCUGUUUAUUUUCUCGCAAUAUUUUAAGAUUUUUGUUAUGUAAAAAAUCUUGAAUAAGUAUACAAAUUAAGAAUGUACACGAAUCUAUUCUGGAAUUAAUUAGAUAUCUAUUUAUAGCCAAAUAAAAUAUGUAUAUAAAUUCAAUAGAUAAGCAUGUAGAUACUUUGUAAAUUAUAUAAAAGUACAUACAUAUACCUAAUACUGUUUAGAAUAUUU